AUGGGAGCUUCUAUGGGUUGUUGCCAAUAUAAUCACGAAAAAGGAGAAUUCAUCAUAGCUCAAUUGAAAUUUUCAGAACAAUUUGUGUCAAGUAAAAAUCAGCUUUAUGAUGAGAGACCUCUAUUAGAUCAAGACUCACAAUCCUGCAUAGAAAAUGAGAACAAUAAAAGCAGUGUAGGAAAUUUUGAAAAUGAUGUUAAAUAUACUAAUCAGGAUGAAACUAAAAAUAAUUUUUCACGAUAUGCUGAGCGAGCUAUGACAAAUUCUGACUUUUUAUUUUUAUCUCCUCAAGCAAAACCUAAAACUCCAAAUUUUGGAAAUCAAAUCUCAUAA